AUGUCGGCUCUUACCAGUGUUCUCAUACGCCGGGGUACCGAAUUAAUUUCUGCUCGCCUUCAAUACCGCGAGCAACCUCAAACGCAUGGAUUGCCAGGCUUUUUAACCGUCGUUUUUACGGUCGUUGCGUUUGGUCUGGCAAUUUUUUGGGUCGACUACACCUGCACCCAUGUUAUUGCGACCCUGGCCGCGGUCGAAGACUCCCACCCAACUAGUUAUAUUCGCCUCGAAGGCGAAGAUUCCAAUGAUACCUUCAAUGGUAAUAAUACCGCUAAACCCAUCACUAGCGGGCUGCGCUCCGCCAUCAACUACCUACGCGCCCGCGGUGGCAUCUGGUCAUGCUUCCGCGGAUUUCGCAUGUAUCUGGCCUUCACAGGGUUGGAUUUUGGCGCGGGUCUCCUGAUUUCAGCAAUUGGUCCUAUUCAAAUCGCCUAUCCCAUCCGAUCUUUAUUCGGGGGGUUCGUCACUAGCAUGCUCUUGGUCACCUGGCAGAUGGCUUGGAUUCAUCUAGUGAUUGCCGACAAAUCUCCUAGAAGAUCUUUCCGGCGAAUGCUUGGCCUCCAGCAUUGGCCCAGAAUUGCCCCUGCGGCUGCUUUGUACAAUUUUCUAACGUGCGUGACUCUCUCUGCGGCCACAGCUAGCUGGACUGCCAUGAGCCUCGUCAGUUCGGGAUUCAAAGGGCGUCUCGGUUUGCUUGCCACUAGCAUAAUCUCUGCAGUCUUCUUCCUGUUACUUUCCAUUCCUGCCAGGGCAAUAUUCACCCGUGUGGCUGCCUCUAUGCUGCCCGAGGAGGACGAGCAGAUCGUACCCUUCGACCGGCAUUUUAACGGCAAGGCGAAGCCAGAAAUUGUGGGUGGUAGCGGCAAGCUCAGCAUUCGAGACGCCUGGGCCACUUUUGAAUGGGCUGCUCGUAUUCGAUAUGUCAAGAUUAUCCUGAAGGCUUUCGCCAUCGAGUUCGCACUAGCUGUGGUUGGGAUCCUCUUGGUGGUCGGCGAGUUGGCACUCCUAAACCCAAGUAGAGCUACCCCUCGCCAGUCUUAG